GUGACUCACCUGGACACAUGAACAAAUGAAUCUGGAGGAGCUCAGUUGGCGUCAUUUUCUCCGUCGUCCAGUGCUGUUGCUGUUUUUCUCCUGCACACCUGCUGAAGCACCUUGUGGUUGUGUUGAUAAGCACUUCUUCCUGCCAGCUCCCUCCAUGAAAUACUUCAGGUGACACAACAUGUGACAGCUCACUCGCAAGCAAACAAGAUGAAGAUGAUCUUGAUGGUUCUGCUUGUCGCUCUGUCCUCCUCUGUCUGUGUGAUGUCUGCUGUGGCAAUGACAGCGACCUUCUAUCAGGCAGAGGAGGACGAUGACAUCACCAUCAGCUGGAACAGUCCCAUCAGAACCAACAUGUCUCUCACCAGCAUGCGUUGUUUUCUCCAGUCAGAUCCUGUGAAGCUUUUGUAUCAAAUGUUUAACAGCGUCGACGUCCCCGAGUCUCAGGAUCAACAGUUUGCAGGACGAGUCCAGUGUGACAAAGACGCCCUCAGAGACGGACGGAUCAGACUUCAUGUGUCCAGACUCAAGACUGAGGACUCUGGAAACUACUGGUGUGACCUGGCUGCUAAUUAUGACAAGAUGACGAGGAGAUGGAUGCUGGUGACCACAGAACAUUUUGUCUUGAAUGUGACCUCUCGAGGAGAAAACAGAGGACACGAGGAACACAACAUCAUCACACCAGCGUCAACUGAAGAUGCUGAACACACAGCAGGAGGGCCGAAGAAGACGUCAGACGAUUUGAUUGAAGUUGUAGCUGGUGCAGCUAUAUUAACUGUAGCUAUCCUAUGUCUCCUCGGUGUUGUUCUGUGUUGUCUGUCAGCUCUCAUUCAUCGAUUUACUAAAGAUCAACAGGACAGACAAGCCAUCAUUGAGUUAAUGACAGCGAUCAAUCGUCUGAGCAACUUGCAUCCAAAGCUGCUCCGAUGUGAGCACAUGUAAAUACCCUAACCCCCGGAUCACAAUGCUUUCUGAUCAAUACUCUUCAUUGAUGAGAAUACAAUGGCUUGGUGGAUGAAGUAUUCGAACAAUGUAGUAAGUAAGAAAAUCACAUCACUGCAAUGCUAUUGUGGUGGCUAAAUGCUAAUUAGCUUCUCUUAGUUCACAUUAAUACUGAUAGUUGUAAAUAUCAGUUUAGCUAAUUGGUUGACAGGACGUUUUAUCAAACUCUGUCUCUUAUUAGACU